AUUAAUCGUGUACUUAAUUUUAUGUUUAACAGGUUUUUGCCAUAAAUACAUUUGAUAAUUCAUAAUCCGUCUCAGUAGCCAAAGAGAUCUAAAAUGAUUAGGCAUUCUAUUGCACCUACAUGCUAAGUUGCUUUUGGGCGAAUUAAGCUACCCCUAAAAUAUAUGACAAACCAUUUUCGGAUUUUUAUCCGGACAGGAAAAUGGAUCCGUUCAGUUGGAUACGACCGGAACCAGUACGCACACGGCGUCAUUUUCAGUUGAUUAACGGAUACCCGGUAGUGCCUGUAUCCGCCAGUGAAGAUCGCGGUCCGCGGGGUUAUGACACGACGGGUCGCUAUGAGAAAGACCACAACACCCAGCAUUUUGCCCACCCAGACGCCGUUUUCCAGGAUCCCGCCAUCCACGGCAACCUGUACCCUUCGCAUCUGGUGUACCGUCGCAAGAGCGGCGAAGAGUACGUGAUUCCCUCCAAAACCCUCGAUAAAGCCACGCCCAAAAUGCGCAUUCUGCCACAGUCUGCACUGUAUGCGAAUAUGGUUCUCCGUUAUUACGGAUAUUUCUUGGAGGACUUGAAGGACUGCGAUCCUCAUUAUCCGGAGUACGGGUACCGUGUCCGGCAGGUGGUGGUAUACUACCAUCUGGAGGACGAUACCAUCCACGUGUUCGAGCCGCCACUAGAGAAUUUCGGUGUGGAACAGGGUGUCCUGUGCCCUCGCGGAGUGUAUUAUCGGCCCCGUAACGGUUUACUUGUGGACCGUGAACCCUAUCAGUCCAAUGAUUUUAAACUUGGAAACGAUUACAUCAUUGGACCGUACAAGAUUCGUCUGUAUGAAGCGGAUGCAUUCACGAAGAAAUUCUGGGUUACCCAUUUCCCGAUGGACAGCAUCGGCACACCGGAAGCGCCCAAACAAGACCCAGUCUGGGAAAAAUCCACCGCUAAGCGUGACCUUUCGCACCGUUUGGCGGAAUACAAGCGCAACCGGAAACCGCUGUAUCCACCGAAUCCCUAUCAUCUGGAAGUACCCGACGACAAAAAACUCCAGUUUGUCGGCAUACUGGACGAUACCAAUUUCCCGCUGGCGCGCUGCCGACCCGUUGUUGUCGAAUAUUACUUCUGCGAUGAAACAAUCCGGGUAAUGGAAUUCCGUAUAGAUAACGACGCGCAUCCAUUUGGCAGCACACUCAACACGGUCAUUCGGCGCAGUCGCAUACCGAAGAAUCCCGUCGAGCAGCAAGUCCCAUCCGCUUUAGGUCCGAUCGAAAAGCCGACCCCGGAAUUCACCUACUAUGAGCCGAAAGAUUUCUGUAUUGGGAAUACGCUGCGUCUGCACGGUCGGCACAUCUUGUUGGUGGAGUGUACGGAAUGGACGCGGCGCUGGUGGGAUGAGAAUUGCCAACCAGCCAUGCCAGCUAAUGCCGACUGGCGCAGCCGCUAUCAGCGCCGCCCGCAUAAAGCGCCACGGGAUUUGGUCGUACCGGAGCACAACGGUCUGGGCACGCAUGACGAUUCCAUGAAGAGUGUCAUGGAAAUCCAGCCGCAAGCGCGACCGGUUAAUGAGCUGCCGCAGUUGUGCUUCUCCGACGACACGUUCAAAUACUCGGCUAAGCAGUUAUCGCACCAUCCCGAUGCUCAUCUCCCGGAUUACUCGAUAAUUUAUUAUAUGGCUGACAACACCAUCGCCGUGUACGAACAUACUGUGCCGGGAGAUGCGACGUACGGCCGGAAAUUCCUGCGGCGGCAGCAGUGCCCCAUUCCCGAUUACCAGCCGGGUCCGUUCCAACGCACACCAAUGCCGGCACCGAUUUACGACUGGCGGCAUUUUCUGCCGGGCAACGUGCUGAAUUUAUGGGGUACCAGGUUUCGCUUGACCACACCGGAUCCGGGAAUACUGCGGAUCUUGGAGAAACAUAAUCUUUUCACUGGAAAAGAUUUAAUAUAUAAUUACUGCAAACCAAAAGCCCAGGCUGUACCCAGAGCUCUGAAAUGCAUGCAGAAAAUCAAAUACUGGAUCCUACAUAAUCCCAAAUACCUCCUUCUGCUGUUGUCGGAGGGCGACGUCGGCAGUGACUGCAUCGUGACCCGCGAUUUAGUAGAGAAAGUGUGCACAUCCGGUGGCUUAGAUGUGGAUCGGUAUUGUGCCGAACAGAUGGUAAAUCAGGCGCGAGAACAUUGCAAGAAAAUGGCCACCGACCACCUCUAUGUGGAGGAAUUUAUUAAAUAUGUUUUCGAGCAUGCCGGAAGUAUCGCGGAGCUGCAGACGGAGAUGAAGCCGCCGCGGAAGGAGACACUGAAAUUUCGUUUAGAUUCUCAUUAAUUCCAUAAAGGUUUUGCAUGGAACUGUCGUAGAGUUGUGGCAACUUGCAAAAACCUAGCAUGAUCAUGCACUGAUAGUUCACAAAAUUUACUUCGUAAACCAUGGAAAUUUUGAAAACUAAUAUUUUUUUAAAAAAAAAUAAAAUCAUCUACUUGUAUCUGGCGCCGCAU